UGUUGGCCUAAUCUUCGUAGCAGAUCAGAUUGUAGUUUGGUCUCGUCUUUGAUAUGUUCUGGAUUUGCUGGUUUCAAUCAUAGUGGUUUAAGUCCAUUUUUUCGCAGAGGAGAAAUGACGCUUACAAACUUCGACGGCGUUGGUGUUGGCUUUGGUUUUGGUGUUGGUUGUGGUUCCGGAGUGGGAUGGGGUUUUGAAGGUACCAUAUUCUUCUUGAUUGUUUAACAUCAAAGUUUCUGAAUUUUCAGUAAUUCUUUGUUAAAUUGCAUGUAAUCUUUAAAUGGGAAUUUAAAGAAGGGGUUUUUAAAUUUGUGUGAGCAAUGUAAUAAAUGCAUAUUUUUACC